GGAAGUCGAAUUCUGACAAGAACAUCAGACGGUGAAUAUCUUCCUGGAAAGGUGGCUAAUUCAGAAGGAUUAAAAUUUUUAGUCACACUGGACAACGGAGGUCAAAUCGAGUGCAGCUAUGAAGACAGGACUGUAGUCGUACCAGACUCCACUCCGGCGUGGGUCACUUUAGGUGAUCACGUGAUUGCAUUGUCACCAUUGACGAAUGAGAACCAGCAAUAUCUUACUGGCUUUGUGACAAGGAUUUUUUGUCCACAUGAAAAGGAGUUGUAUGAGGUUACUUUGGAUAAUAAUAAUCGUGGGAAUUACACUCUUCCACAUUUACGAAAGCUUCCAUUUUGCCGAUCAGCUCAUGAAGGUAUUUACUCAAUAAGCUUAUAGCUUGCAAUCACGCCUUCCCUUAAAAAAAGAAAGCCUGAUCGUAUUUUGCGAGUUUACGGCUAGUAAACAUUUCCCGAAUUCUUAAGAACUAAGUCACCUAGCCUGCAUAGCAGGCGCUUGGAAGUAGUGGGCGAAAGAGAGAACGGGCGCGCGUGUCUCCCUCGCGCGUGCCCGUUUUUUCUUGUGCCCACUACUUCCAACAUAUAAUAGUAACAAUAACGUAUAAUAGUAUAAUAGUUUGGGAGUAAAACGGAACGUCUUUUUAGAAUCGAUUUCAACAUUUUUUCGCCUAGAGUGUCGACAAAACUUGCGUUCAUCUGUGUUUUGGAUUAAAUUAACUGCAAAAACCGUGGACGAAGAUCCUGCUAGUUGUAAACGUUGGAUCUCUAGAAAAGAGAUCAAAUCAGCCAAAAUAUAAAGAACCAAGAACGAGAAUUCCAAAGACUACUGCAAAGCUGAUUUAAAACAACGUGUAUUGUUUUUUAUUGGUUUGUGAGCAUUGUGGUAAAGGGAGAGCAAGUCAAAAAUGUUACACUGCUGAAGAAUUUAACGUUGUUGUUUCGGCCCCGUCCACACCAAUUCUGAUAAUUUUAUGACCCAUCUUCAUCUACACCAAACUGAUGAAUUGUAACAAAAAUUUCUUUUCCGGCUUGUCCUGUCACCAACUAAACUUCUAUGCAGAUCUUUUCGACUCAAGCAGGCUCAAGAAGGUAAAGUGGUGUAGUAUGGCGUCCACACCGGAGCAAAAAAGAGAUGUUUUUGAAUCAAAUUAAGCCCAUCGGACGCAACUUUGCUGGCCACCAACUCCCAACAUUUUUGGAUGUUACAUGUCGCGUCCGUUUGCACACCCUGUUGCAUGUUGUUUCGUGUUGUUGGGAGUUGUUGCGCAAAGUUUGAAGCCAGUCAGACUUUUUUAGCCAACAACUCCCAACAUUUCUUUUGUUCUGUGAUCCCCUAGGCGUAGGGCAACAAUGUUAAAUCCGUUUGCACAGCUCUACCAACAUUGUUGGGGCCACGCACGCGCAUUAUGCCUGGCUUACAAAGUCUAUUGUUGUUUCCGUCCCACGAUGCAUACAACUCCCAACAUUGUUGGGGGUUUUUACUUUCGUUUGCAUGUAGCUCAGUAAAAAAUGACUGUUUACUUAAACUUUAUCGACGAAUUUACAUCCAUGUUCUCAUUUUAGUCGGCGCUCGUGUUUUUGCUCGCCGAAAAGACAACCUUUACUACCGUGGUUUUGUGAAGAAACAAAUUCACUAUGGUCAGAAACUUUACAUAGACGUGGAGCUGGAUCAUUUGGGCCCCAUUUCACACCAAGACAGCGACGAAAGAGCCAUUAUCCUUGACAUCAUUCCUUCAUACAGUCAUGUGCAUGCAACUCAGCGUGUAAUUGGCCAUUUUCCUGGGUAUGCAAGCUACAUUCCAGGGGUGGUGGUCAGACGGAAUGAAGACUGCUGGCAAAGGGCUUAUCACGUAAAGUUUGACACCGGGGAAGAACGUCAACUAGAUUUGAAUGAAAUUCGAAUUCUUCCACCGUAUGUUCAGUUAGUUUUCUAG